AUGUCUAAAGUUGUCGCUAUAUUUUUAUCAGAAUUUGAUAUGAAAUCAGGUUAUAAAUUACAAUGGUCAUACACAACACUACAGAAUUUUUCAUUUGAUGCAGUUGAAUAUAAAUCAUUACCAAGUGGUAUACAUGAUUUUAAAAAUGCCACUACUUUUAUAAGUCAUAAAUCAAAUAAUAAAAUAUAUUAUGGACUAAGUUGUUUUAAACAAUUUCAAAUAAAUAAACAAGAUGACUCGAAUGAUCGAAAUAAUUUAAAAAUGUUUUCAAUAGGUAUAUUAUGUGAACCAACAAAAAAUGAAUGGAGACCAAAUGAAUUUAUAAAUAAUGGUUGGGAAUAUAUUGAUGAAAUAAAUGAAGUACUAGAUAAGUUAGAAGAAGAUUUAAUAAAAAACAAAGGCAUAGACUUUAAUGAUUAUUCAAACGUAUUAAAAAAUAUUGGAUCAACAACAAACUUAACAGUCCCCAAAGAAUCAUCAAAUGUUACGAAUCAUUUAUUAUUAAAUUUACCAAAAUUAUUUGAAUAUUUAGGACCUUUAAUAUUUACCAUUUAUAAACAAAGUUUAUUAAGAAAAAAUAUCUUAAUAUUUAAUGAAUGUCAUCAUAAUAAUAAUCAACAAGAUACUUAUCAUAUAAUUACAUCAUUUAGUUAUUUAAUAUCAAUAUUAUCAGUAAUACCCAAAGAAAUUAAAGUUAAUAAAAAUUUAUCAGCACAACAACCAUUAUAUAAUAUAGGACUUAAUGAAUCAUCAACUGGAUUAUUAAAAGAUUAUAAAUUAAAUGGAUAUAUUGCAGUAACAAGUGAUGAAAUUUUAAAAACUCAUCCAGUAUACGAUAUUGGAGUUGAAAUUGAAAAUAAUAAAUCAAGAAUUUUUAAACAAUCUAACGAAACUCAAUCUAUGAAGUCAACUAUAAGAGAUUAUAAUAAAUUUCAAUCAUUAUAUUGUAAUUUAAUGAGUAAAGAAAUUAAAUUUACAAAUAAAUCAAAUAUAUCAACUGAUGAUUUAAAUUCAAUAAAUUCAAGAAAUGAUGAUGAAGAAAUUUCAAGAAAUAAAUCUUAUACGGAUAUAUCACCAAAUCAAAUAAUAAAUGAACCUUCAUGGUGGAAAUCAGAUGCUAUAGAAACAAUAACAUGGUCAGAAUCCUUUUGGUUUGCAUUUUCAUGGUUUGCAUCUGCUGGUCAACAAUUAAAUGAAGAUGAAGAUGAAGAUUUAAUUGAUUUACAAACAAAAAAUAAAAAAAUUUUAGAUUUAAUUGAUUUAUUAAAUAUAAUUGGAUUUUUCCAUAAAUUAACUAUAAAAUGGUUUAAAUAUAUUGAUGAAUUAAUAAUUGAAACAAAUGAAGAAUUACAAUUAAUAAAGAAUGAUUUUUCAUCAUUAUUGCAAGAAGAUCAAGAUCAAAAUCAAGAUCAAGAACUAACAAAUAAAAUAAAUUUAAAUAUUUCAUAUCAAGAUAUGAUUGAAAUGGAAUUAGAUCCUUAUAGUUUACAAGAUAUUGAAUUUUUAAAAGAAUUUAUAUUACUUUAUUAUAAUAAUAAAGUUGAUAAUGUUAAUAUUGGAUAUAAUUUAACUAAAAUAUGUUGUUAG